AUGACAACAACACAGCAGUUAUACAUUGAUAAACAUGAAAAAUUCUUUAAUCGAUUCCUAAGUGUGUUACCAUCCAAAUUACAAUCAGAAGAUUCAAAUAAACUAGCCAUUAUAUAUUUCAGUCUAUAUGGAUUAUCAAUCAUCAAACGAUUCAAAUUCAGUGAGGUUGAGCGGAAACUAUUCAUCAAUUCCAUUUAUGAUCUGCAUUUAAUCGAUACUGAAAUUUAUACUGCUUUUAGAGCUACUUCAUAUUUCAAAUCUGAUGAUCAUAAAUCUCAUAAAUAUGACUUACCUAACCUUGCAUCGAGUUUAUUUUCAUUACAGAUAUUAUUAGUUUUGAAGGAUGAUUUCUCAAAACGAAUCAAUAAUCAUAAGAUCAUGAAAUUUCUUCAAUUGAGUCAAAUUAAAUCAGGUGUGAACAAAGGUUCAUUCUCUCCAACUUUGAUAAACACUGAUUCAUCAAUUACAGUCAAUUAUGGAGAAACUGAUAUAAGAUUAUGUUAUAUUGCCGCCAGUAUACGGAAAUUAAUCAAAUAUGAUCAAUUACAACCAUCACAAAGAAUAAAUGAUAUUGAUAUUCCUUUAGUCGUAUCAUUUAUAAAGUCACGAUUAAAUGCCAAUGGAGGAUUUAGUUCAGAAAUAUUGGAUGAAAGUCAUUUGGGAUAUACUUAUUGUGCAUUGGCAUGUUUAAGAUUAUUGGAUUACGAUAUUGAGAGUGAUAUAGAGUUAGGGAAAGUUGUGAACUGGUUAGUUCAUCGUCAAGUUGAUUUUCCUGAACCCUUAUACACUAAAGACGAAGAUGAAGAGUAUGACUAUGAAUAUUACAGAGAUGUAGAUAUUGGCAGUUUCAAUGGGAGAGAGAAUAAAUUCGGAGAUACUUGUUAUUCAUGGUGGUGUUUAGGAAGUUUAAAAGUUAUAAAUCACGAUUAUGUAAAUUUAAUCAAUUUACAAACCAAUUAUAAAUAUUUAUUGAAUCAAGUCCAAAAUAAAUUAUUAGGAGGGUUCAGUAAAGAUCCAUUUUCAAAUCCUGAUCCCCAACAUUCAUUUUUAGCAUUAGCAAGUUUAUCAUUAACCAAUGAUUUCUCGGAAGAAUUAGAUGAAAUUGAUGAAUCAUUAGUAAUCACAGGUCAGCUGAAACAAUAUUGGUUAAAGCAUAUAAAUUACCCUUCAUAG